CGGCGCCGCGCCCGGCCGGCCGGGGCUGCCUCUUGCAGCCAGCCAAGAUGGCGGAGAGCUCGGAGGCGUCGUGCCCCGUCCCGGAGCACGAGCGGAUCUUACAGGAGAUCGAGAGCACCGACACGGCCUGCGUGGGGCCCACCCUCCGGUCUGUGUAUGAUGAUCAACCAAAUGCACACAAAAAGUUUAUGGAAAAGCUAGAUGCAUGUAUACGAAAUCAUGACAAGGAAAUUGAAAAGAUGUGUAAUUUUCACCAUCAGGGUUUUGUGGAUGCUAUUACAGAACUCCUUAAAGUAAGGACUGAUGCAGAAAAACUGAAGGUACAAGUUACUGAUACCAACCAAAGAUUUCAAGAAGCUGGAAAAGAGGUUAUAGUUCAAACAGAAGAGAUUAUUCGUUGUAGAAUUCAGCAGAGGAAUAUCACAACUGUGAUAGAAAAAUUGCAGUUAUGCCUUCCAGUGCUGGAAAUGUACAGUAAGCUAAAAGAACAGAUGAAUGCAAAAAGGUAUUAUUCUGCUCUAAAAACAAUGGAACAGUUAGAAAAUGUGUAUUUUCCCCAAGUUAGACAAUACCGAUUUUGCCAGCUAAUGAUAGAAAAUCUUCCUAAAUUGCGUGAAGAUAUCAAAGAAAUAUCCAUGUCUGACUUGAAAGACUUUUUGGAAAGCAUUCGAAAACAUUCUGACAAAAUAGGUGAAACAGCUAUGAAACAGGCACAGCAGCAGAAAACCUUCACUACUAUUCUCCAGAAGCAAAAUAAUAUAAAAUUUGGGAGGAAAAUGCAUGUAAAUGGCAUAAUUCCAGAAGAAAGGAAUGAUAUUGUAUUGAAGCAUGCAUUUGAGGAAGAAGAUGAAAAUGAAGAGGAGGUUUUAACUGUUCAGGAUCUUGUUGACUUUUCCCCAGUUUACCGAUGUUUACACAUUUAUUCUGUUUUGGGUGACGAGGAAACAUUUGAAAAUUAUUACCGAAAACAAAGAAAGAAACAAGCAAGACUGGUAUUGCAACCCCAGUCAAGUAUGCAUGAAACAGUUGAAGGCUAUAGAAGAUAUUUCACUCAAAUUGUAGGGUUCUUUGUGGUGGAAGAUCACAUUUUACAUGUAACCAAAGGUUUAGUAACCAGGGCAUAUACGGAUGAACUUUGGAAUAUGGCACUCUCCAAGAUAAUUGCUGUCCUUAGAGCUCAUUCAUCUUAUUGCACUGACCCUGAUCUGGUUCUGGAGCUGAAGAAUCUCAUAGUCAUAUUUGCAGAUACUCUGCAGGGUUAUGGCUUUCCAGUAAACCGACUUUUUGAUCUUUUAUUUGACAUAAGAGAUCAAUAUAAUGAAACUUUGCUUAAGAAAUGGGCUGGAGUUUUCAGGGACAUUUUUGAAGAAGAUAAUUAUAGUCCUAUUCCUGUUGUUAAUGAAGAAGAAUAUAAAAUAGUCAUCAGCAAAUUUCCCUUCCAUGAUCCAGAUCUUGAAAAGCAAUCUUUCCCAAAGAAAUUUCCCAUGUCUGAAUCAGUGCCUCAUAUUUACAGUCAAGUUAAAGAGUUUAUUUACGCCAGUCUGAAAUUUUCAGAGUCACUACAUCGGAGCUCAACAGAAAUAGACGAUAUGCUCAGAAAAUCAACAAAUCUGUUGUUGACCAGAACUUUGAGCAGCUGUUUACUGAACCUUAUUAGGAAACCUCAUAUAGGUUUGACAGAGCUAGUGCAAAUUAUCAUAAACACCACACACCUGGAACAAGCUUGUAAAUACCUUGAGGACUUUAUAACUAAUAUUACAAAUAUUUCUCAGGAAACUGUUCAUACCACACGACUUUACGGACUUUCUACUUUUAAGGAUGCCCGGCAUGCAGCAGAAGGGGAAAUAUAUACUAAACUUAACCAAAAAAUUGAUGAAUUUGUUCAGCUUGCUGAUUAUGAUUGGACAAUGUCUGAGCCAGAUGGAAGAGCUAGUGGUUAUUUAAUGGAUUUAAUUAAUUUUUUGAGAAGCAUUUUUCAAGUGUUUACUCAUUUGCCUGGGAAAGUUGCUCAAACUGCCUGCAUGUCAGCCUGUCAACAUCUGUCAACAUCUCUAAUGCAGAUGCUUCUGGACAGUGAGCUGAAGCAGAUAAGCAUGGGAGCUGUUCAGCAGUUUAACUUAGAUGUCAUACAGUGUGAAUUGUUUGCCAGCUCUGAGCCUGUGCCAGGAUUCCAAGGGGAUACCCUGCAACUAGCAUUCAUUGACCUCAGACAACUCCUUGACUUGUUCAUGGUUUGGGAUUGGUCAACUUACCUAGCUGACUACGGACAGCCAGCCUCUAAGUACCUUCGGGUGAAUCCCAACACAGCCCUUACUCUUUUGGAAAAGAUGAAGGAUACUAGCAAAAAAAACAAUAUAUUUGCUCAGUUCAGGAAGAAUGAUCGAGACAAGCAGAAGUUGAUAGAGACAGUGGUGAAGCAGCUGAGAAGUUUGGUGAAUGGUAUGUCCCAGCACACGUAGACUUCGCGUGGCUUUGCACUCUGUGACACCAAACCCGUGAUGCCACACUAGUUUCUCACUGGGACUGGUCAUGAUACAUCAUUUGUUUUCAGAAUUCAGAAAUACAGUAGGGAAAAAAGACACCGACGAGAGCGCAAAUAAACAAUAACAAAUACAGUUUGUAUGAAUUUUUAAAAAGCGAAUACUAUUUUAUAUAUGGAAAAUGUAACAUUAAUUUUUUGACUUUUAAGGACAAAAGGCAAAACUGUAAUAUAUAAUAUAUAAAUCAUAAAAAGUCGUGUAUAAAAUGGAUUUAAAUAAUUUAAAAACAUGCCCCAUACAUUUAAUUUGUUUUAAUAUUUAGAGUUGAGUUUUUUGUUUUCAUUAGCAUUUGGUUUUGAAAUGAAAUCUGCAAGUAUUUCACUGUUGUGCUCCUCUAGCUUUAAUUUCACCACAGUCUGAUUUAAAUAGACUAAAAUUUCUAAUUCUUCCUAAACUCAAACGAUUUAGCCCCCCAAAAAUGGGAAUGAUUUGUUUUUCUUGGGUGGUUUGAUUUCAUGUUUCUGCAUAUGAAGAAAAGGUGUGUAACUUCCCUAAAAUGCAAGACUGUUUCUGUUUAUUAGAGGCACUAUUUUAAAGUAUAUAGUUUGUAGCUAACCCCAUCGUAGGAUUUUUUUUAUUUGGCUUGGUUUGGUUCCAAUUUAAAAAAAUAAAGAAAGAGCAGGGCCCAAGUGAGGCUUACUGCUUCAGGCGCAGCUCGCAGGCUAGAACGUUCCAGCACCCAGAAGUUAGCAGUGGGGUCAGAUUACUCUCUUCAAACAGCAGGUCUCGCUACCUAUCAUAGAUGGAAACAAGCCAAACCAAAUGAACUCUGCGCAGCCUAAAGCGAAUGUACAUUUUCCUUUGUGUAAAUUACCGCCAUCCACAGGGAGCCUCGGCCUUAUCCUUACUCUUCCUCGUAUUUGGGCAGAAAGCGCCUUUGUGCAUUUUCAGGAUUUCUGCCUAUAGGAACCUUAUAGUUGACUCUGUAAAAAGAAAAACAAAACUGUAAAGAAUUCUAUGUACUUUUUUUGAUUUUUGUGAUGGAAAAUUAAAAAGAUUAAGCAAGCUGUCGAAAA